AUGGAGGAAAAUGAUGUAGCUGCUUCUACACUCAAGAAAGUCUACGAGGGUUUCGAGAAAUCUAGCAAGCUGUCAUAUAUAUAUACAACUAUCCUGCAAAAGUUUGGAGACUUAGGAGUCCUUGAUUUUUGGACCUACACAACCAUUGGAAAAAGUCACAACUUCUCAACUAAUUCUGUCACGCAGACUGGGACCUUGGCAAUGAAGAAGCUCAUCAAUACAAAUUGUGAAGGGAUCACCAAGGGCCACCUGCUCUUUCCUGAUCCAGAAAAUCCUUCAACAUAUAUCAGAUCAACACAAGCCAAGAAAAUAGCCAGAAACCUGACGGGAGCGAAGCUACCACCUGUGCAGCUCGUUCACCACACCUAUGCGACAGCAGGUAAGAUGUUAUGUGAAGAAAAACGAGGAUAUCUUCAAAGACAACUAGGGCACUCCGCUUCUGUACAUGAAAAAUUUUAUGCGAAGGACAUGGAUCAAGCCACUAGAAUGAUAACCGCACCGUUUCUCAGAGGCGUGCAGAAAGAUCAAGUUGAUUUUACAUCACCGUUAUUUGAAGAGGCUCCGGUUUUCGAGAAUCUUGUUAUUGAGACUGCAGAGAUGGGUGAAGAAGAGGAAGUGGAAGAAGAGGAGGAGGAAGACGACUAUCAAGAAGAUGAUCAAGAAAUAUCUAAAAUAUUAUUCGGCAACGAGAUUGAGAAUAGUCCACUCUACAGGAAAGAAAAACAUGGACGUAGAGGGAUCAAGACCCCGCAAAAAAACAUUAUCAAAAGGUUAUUCAAGAAGGAAAUCGAGGAGGGCGUAGCCCCUCGAAAUGAUAGAGUUCUCACCGGUCUAAAACAGAUAGGGUGGCCUCAAACCAUUGGCUACAAAGUGAUAAAAACCUUUGUAGCAAAUUUGGGGAAAAACAACAGGAAGAAAGUAGGACAAACCGGAACAAAACGAGGCCGAAAAUCCCGCCCUAUAAAGUUUGUAGAGGAGUACGAGACAGAUGAUGAUGAUGGAGAACUUGCGUAAACUGUCGGAGUCUUCUAGUUUCAAGUUUGUUGCAUAAUCUUAUAGUAUCAAGUUCUUCCUUACUACCGGUGAAGCUUCAUUCCCUUAAUUGUACUCUCAUUCUGACUUCUUGUUUGCUAGGGAAGAAAGUAAACCUAUUAUAAUCGUCUUCCCAGUUAUUCCUUCCUAACAGAGCAACUACAUGAUAUCUUAAACUUAACCUAUGUUGACAAGAUCUACGUAACAAGUGUAAUUGAACAGUGAUUAGAUCAACGUGAACAGAAACUACAUAAACAUGUAAAACUCAAGUUGUAUAAACAAUUAUAUAGAAAAUGACGAAUUUCUUGUUAACUACAUCAGCAGAUUUAAAACUUUAUUUUUAUACUUUUUACAGGACGUAAACUUUUUUUUUAAUAUGAAAAUUUUAAGUAUGCUAGAUCAACGUGAUAUGGUAAAUUAAACCUA